AUGGAUUCCAAUGUAUCUGACGACAAAAAAGUUCUUCCUAAAACUUUGAACAAACAAAAGAGUGUAGCAAAUAUAUCACUUUCUAAACUCAGUCAUCGAUUAACAAUGAGAAAAAAAUUACAUAAACGACUUACUUUGGUGACCGAUAUUAUGUGUUUUCUUGGUAUUUUGGGAAUUAUUUUAAUGAUUAUUAAAAAUGAAUUGAUAUUUUCCCAAAUCCACAAUAAUGAUACUAUAGUCAGUUGGUCUAUCAAAGUAGUUAUAAGUGUUUCAACUGUUGUUCUUAUUGGGUUUAUCAUUGAAUAUCAUCGCUUAGACAUCUCUCUCUAUGCUCUUAAUAAUUCAAUUGAAAAUCGUCUUGUUACACUAACAAAAACAAAAAUAUUGUUAAUUGUAGUUGAAAUAUUAAUUUGUGCUAUACAUCCAAUGCCUCGAGUUUUUCCUCAUUAUUCAAAUGAAUCACCAAAAAAUACAAGCUCAGACGGGUCGACAUCUACUACUUAUUCUGUGUCUUAUAUAUAUAUUGAUGUUGUGCUUGGCUUACCAAUGUUUCUUCGUCUUUAUUUGCUUUGUCGUUUCAUUCUGUAUCAUUCUCAUCUAUUUCUUGAUGCAUCAUCACGAUCUAUUGGUUAUCUUAAUAGAAUUUCGAUUGAUUACUUCUUUCUCAUUAAAGCUUAUCUGGAACAAUGGCCAAUUUUUUGUUUAUCAAUAUUUUGUAUAUUUAUAUUUCUUAUUGGAAGUUGGUCUUUACGUGCAUGUGAUUAUACAUCAAGCAAUGAACAUUUAACAAUGCAAGAUUCCAUGUGGUUAUUCAUUGAAACAUUUACUACUGUAGGGUAUGGAGAUAUCUUUCCUUCUACACAUUGUGGACGAACUGUUGCUGCUAUGGCUAGUUUGGUUGGUAUCCUUACAACCGCUGUUUUCAUUACUGUUCUUACACAGAAACUUCUGAUGAAUCGAUGGGAAAAAUAUGUGCAUAAUUUUGUACUGGAUGUUGAAUUGGCAAAAGAACGUAAAAUUCAAGCAGCAAAUGUUAUUAAAUUUGCAUUUCUAGCUUGGUAUAUAAAAAAGAAAAAUGUUUCUUCAUCAUCUUUUUUGUACCUUCAAGCACAAAGACGAUCAUUCCAGGCAAUACGUUCGCUUCACCUAAUUAAACGAAAACAAGGACAACUAGUCGACAGUUGUAUUGAUCAAAUCGAUCUAAUUGCUACAGAACGUAACACAAAUACUCAAAUAUCCGGCGUUACAGAGCAAUUGCAGACAAUGGAAGUUAAAAUGUAUAACGUAGAAGAGAAACUUGUUGAGAUGAACAUAAAUAUAAACAAUAUAAUGAACGAUAUACAAAAAAUAUUAAGUAUGUUAAAUAAAGUUGCAAAAUAA